AUGUUUGCUGUGAAGGGUUUCUGGAGGAUAAAUCCUUUCUUUGAAGUACUUAGGAAUUCAAGUGUAAAGUGUAUAUCCACAACUUCUAAUGUGAUCCAGCAAAAGGAUAUGCUUGUGCAAAUGGAGAACCCUUACAAGGAGCCACAGAAGGGAUGCAUCCUCUGCAGUGUUAAUGUUGACUUCAAAAACAUACAGCUGCUCUCACAGUUUAUUUCACCUCACACGGGUAGAAUUUAUGGCCGUCACUUAACGGGUUUGUGUGGCAAGAAACAGAAAGAAGUCUCAAGAGCUAUCAAGAAAGCACAAGCAAUGGGCUACAUGUCAGUGACGCACAAGCAUCCGCAAUUCAUGCGAGACCCAAAUAUCUGCAACACUAAACACUGGGGCUAG